UCGAAACUGCGCCUGUUUAAUAAAUCCCAGCAGUAGCCUUUUUAAACUGUAGAGGGUUUUUGCACUUGUUCACAAUGUUCGCAAAAUAACAGCACGAAAGCUGUGACAUUCAGUGCGUCUCCGUGGGCUCUCUUCUCUGAAGUACGCUAUGUCGAACUUCCGCCUAAUUAGAUCUGGCUGUGUGCGGUCGGUAUUUGGAGCUGCUCCCUUGUUUUUCCUCCCAAAGGGUCGCCACAGCCACGGCGGCUGGAUCUCCCGUUAAUGCGAGUUUAGAACGACGACACUGGGGUAAACCAGCUUGUGACCUCACUGAGGCUUGUUUGUGUCUCCCCUCGGUCUUGAACCAGGGAUCCUUCGCGGUGUUAUAGAAAGGAUAACCAUCUUUGACGCAGACGUCUACGGGAUAUUUCUCAGGAUGGCAGUUUUCAGCUUACUUCUGUCUUUGGCUGCUCAGACGCUAACUUUUCUCUUCUUUCUGCUCGUCGUUGUGUUUCUCGGAUACUGCUUGUAUGUUAAACACAUUCAUAUGAAAUAUGACCACAUACCCGGCCCACCGACGGACAGUUUUCUCUUCGGACACUCAGCAUCGCUUUUGAGGAUAAUGAAAAAUGGCGGAAAUAUGCACCAGAAACUUCUGGAGUGGGCGGAUGAGUAUGGGCCUGUCUACAAGAUAUAUGCUCUGCAUUACGCUGUAGUGUGUGUGUCCUGUCCCGAGGCAACAAAGCAAAUAUUGAUGUCCACAAAAUACCCCAAAGAUAAACUUGUUUAUAAGAGACUUGCCAACCUGUUUGGUCAAAGGCUCUUAGGCAACGGCCUGGCAACAGCACGGGAUCAUGAGCAGUGGUACAAACAGCGCCGGAUCAUGGACCCUGCAUUCAGCAGCCUGUAUCUGAGAGGUCUGAUGGGAACCUUCAAUGAGAGGGCAGAGAAACUGAUGGAUAAACUUGCAGAUGUUGCUGACAGUAAAACAGAAGCUAAUAUGCUCCAGCUUGUCAACUAUGUUACCCUGGAUGUUAUUACUAAGGUUGCUUUCGGGGUGGACUUGGACCUGCUGAAGAACACUUCACAGUUCCCUAAAGCCAUUGAGACAUGUUUGAAAGGGAUGGCUCACUACAUUAGAGACAACUUUUUCGAGUUUAAUCCAAAGAACAGAGGAUACAUUAAUGAGGUGAGGGAAGCGUGCCGCCUGCUGCGCAAAACUGGAUCUCAGUGGAUCGCUGAGAGAAAGGCCGCCAUUGAAAACGGUGACGAGGUCCCCAAGGACAUCCUGACACAAAUCAUCAAAACUGCCAACCAAGAGGAAAUCAUGACUGAAGAAGAUGAGGAAUUUAUGCUGGACAAUUUCGUGACAUUCUUCAUUGCAGGCCAAGAAACAACAGCCAAUCAGCUGGCUUUUUGCAUCAUGGAACUCGGAAGACAUCCUGAUAUACUGGAAAAAGCGAAGAAAGAAGUGGACGAUGUUAUUGGGAUGAAACGUGAAAUAAGCUACGAUGACCUGGGCAAGUUGGUCUACCUGUCACAGGUGCUAAAAGAGACUCUGAGAAUUUAUCCCGUGACUCCGGCCACAUCUCGUGAUAUUGCUGAAGACAUGGUCAUUGAUGGUGUCCACAUACCUGGAGGAUUUGUUGCUGUAUUCAGCUCCUAUGUGAGCGGGAGACUGGAGAGAUUCUUCAAGGAUCCACUAAGAUUUGAUCCAGACAGAUUUCACCCAGAUGCUCCCAAGCCUUAUUACUGCUACUACCCCUUUGCCCUCGGUCCUCGCUCGUGUCUGGGAAAGAACUUUGCUCAGAUGGAGGCUAAAGUGGUGAUGGCCAAACUGCUCCAGAGGUUUGACUUCACUCUCGUCCCGGGACAGACCUUUGACAUCCUGGAUGCUGGAAUGCUCAGACCUAAGAGUGGAGUAAUUUGCUCUUUCGCUCACAGGGAAUAAAAAGAAUAAAUGGCCAUAAAGCACCAAUACAUUAGAAGAGGUCAUAGUAGUCUAUAGAGUAAAACUGGGCUUUUAUUCAUAUCUAAAACUGUCACUUAAAAAAGAAGAAGAAAACCUUGUAAUGAAAACAAUAAUGGUGUGAUUUAAAUACAUAGCAUAUUCAUAUGAAGUUAUGUCGUGUUUUUUAUUUAUUACAAUAAUGAAUAUAAAACUACUUGUUGGCCAACAGGGAGUCUGUAGAAACUGUGCUGCUGUUGGCUGAAGACAAAGGAAGAGUAAAAGGGGAAGGUAUGUUUGGAGGCAGAGAGAGAGAGAAGGUAGGAGUGGAGGUGAGAGUAGGAAUUUAAAAUGUAGGGACUAUGACUGGUGGAGGUGGUGUGACAGAAGAGGAUCCUAGGGAUGGAAUGAGGUGGAGGCAGAUGAUCUGGAAACUACUAAAGGAAGCAGGAAAAAGAAGAGGAAGAAAUCCUUUCUGAUGCAACAACAAAAGGAGUCUUGUGUCUGUGCGAAUGACCAGAUCUUUUGCUUGAUAGGCAAAUGUGUUAACCACUACACUUCAGAGCCACCCAUUACAAUAGUCAGUAUAUAGAAACAUUUCUGAGGGGCGCUGGUCUCUAAGGUAUUGCCAUUUGUUACUUUUAUACACUGCUGAUAUAUAUUUUUUAGUUUAUAUUAUGUAGUUGCUUUUUCAUAGCCAUUGAACCACAGAAGCUUUAGUGUCUGUAACUAAUUUAAGCACAGGUUUUAUGUAAAUGAAAAUAAAACUGAAACUUUAA